AGGUGUUUACAGAGCUCUGAAAGCAACAAUGAUUACAGAUUUCUUCUUUCUGCUCUUACUCAUGGGUGGACAUGGCUUCAGUUUAGAGCUACAAGAUGGUGAUCAACAAAAAAACAAUGAGACCGCUAUCAAAGAUAAAGAAGAGGAAGUGGAGAAUCUCUGUAAUUUUCAAGCUAUUGCACACCACCUGAAACUGGAAAAAGAUAGUAUUAAGUACACCAUGAGCCGGCCUGUUGUGAACAACAGUAGAAGUACAACUGUAAAGCUCAAUGUGAAACUCUAUGCCAUCCUAGAUAUGAGAGAAAUUGACCAGACCUUAAUUUCUUACAUUUGGGUUUAUUUGACUUGGGACAAUGAGUACAUUCAUUGGGAUCCAGCUCAAUUCUGUGGAAUUGAAUAUAUAACAAUUCCUACUUUAUAUAUGUGGAUGCCAGAUAUAGUUAUUGAAGAGAUGACAGAGAAAGACAAAGCUGCACCAAGUCCUUUCCUCAGCAUUUAUCCAAAUGGCACUAUUGAGUACAGGAAUGACCAGGUGGUGGUAAGCACCUGCAAGAUGCACGUUUACAAAUUUCCUUUCGACAUCCAGAGCUGCAGCCUCUCCUUCAAGUCUGUCAUACAUGAUGAUUCAGAAAUAGUCUUAAGGACCUCCAAAAACAAUACAUCGGCCACAGAGUGGUUUAAUAACUCGAUGCAUACGCAGUACGAGUGGGUGUUCAUCAACAUGUCAGUCACAAAUGAAAUUGUUGAUCAUUUUGGCUUCAAUCAAACUACAGUUAUUUACACUAUUAACAUGAAGAGGAGGUCUGUCCACUACCUUGCCAAUUUCAUUCUGCCAGUACUAUUUUUCUUGGUUCUGGAUUUGGCCUCCUUCCUGAUCUCAGACACUGGGGGUGAGAAACUCGGCUUCAAGGUCACUGUCCUGCUUGCUGUCACAGUGAUGCAGCUUCUUCUCAAUGAGAUUCUGCCCAGCUCUUCAGACAGUAUUCCACUAAUAGCUGUCUACUGCAUUGGGAUUUUUGCUCUGAUGCUGCUCAGCCUCCUGGAGACGAUUUUGGUGAUGCAUCUGAUUGAGAAAGACUCUGCAGCCCAAGAUGAUGAGACAGAUGGAGAACAAAGCUUGGCUGAGACCUCUAGAGACAGACCCAACUUCCACAGCAUUUUCAGAGAGAUGAAGAGAUGUAAUCACUGUGCCUCUUCCUACGAAGUAUCUGCUGAUGAAAACCAAUCUGUGUGUAUGUCAUCUGUGACCCAAAAGGAUAGCAGCAGUAAACUGACAGAAGUGUCCUCUGCUCUGGAGAAAGUCUCAGAAGAGUUGUGGGAGACUGGGAAAACAGUGACUCUGCUCAGCAGCAGCAGGAAGCCGGGCUACUGGACCAGAAUGGUUAAAAAAAUCAACAAGAUUUUUGUCAUUUUUUAUUUGAUAGCAGUCACUGUGUUUUUUAGCAAUCAUGGCUCUAUUGUGGACCUUUGCUAAAGAUGAUUAGGGCUAAAGUUUAAAAACAGGUCCAUCAGUAAACUGUUCUGAUCAGCUUCAGCUUCCAGAUUUUAUCUUCAAUUUCAAUCACCCAUAUUUUGGCCUUGGCAGGUAACAGCUGGAUAAUUAGAUUUAAAAAAUUAUAUAUAAAAUUAGGAUUCCAGCUUCUAAUGAAAUUCCAAGUUGGGUAA